AUGGCAAUUUCUACGGAAGACUCUCAGUACCACUCUUCUGAAUUGAUAAAAGACCUGAGAACAUAUAGACCAAAAUACCCUAUACCCAAAGAGCUAAUAGAUGUUCGUACCGAAGAGACAUUUUGUGCAUAUUGUGGUGUCAGUUAUCUUAUACUGAACGAAAUAAAGUUUCUUGAAGAUAAAUCCGAAAAUUUGAGAAAAGAAUUGGAACUUGUCAGACACAAACAAGGCUCCCAUUCAUCGACUCCUGGGGGCAAUGUUGGCUUGCCAUCAAAUGGUGAACGACAAGUAUCUGAAGAUAUUGAACGUCUAUUAAAUGAAAAAGCUGAAAUCAUCCAACAAUUAGAUGAUGCGAAUACAAAAUUAAUUUGUUACGAAGCUACUGAAAAACAAUUUAUCAGAGAACUUGCCAGAAGUCAAGCUGAGGUUUCAUAUACUCAAGAACAACUGAUCGAGCUGUUUGAUUAUUCAAAGAGAGUACGAAAUAAAUUAAAAGAGAAACUAUGCACUGACAGUCUACUUCGUCCAAUAUUUGAUAGAAUCAACAGUUUAAGAGAUCAUAUUUCUACACUGAAUCAGUUAUAUAAUACUUCGCUUACACAAUUGAAUAAUCAAUAUAACGAGAUAACUAACAAACUUGAUUUAGUUACCUUGGAAAAAGAUUCAGCGAUUAAUAAGUUCAAUGAAUUAGAGUUAAAGUAUAAAGAAGAACGUAAUAAUUGGUCAGAAAAACAAGGGGAACAAUUGGGUGAUAUAUUAGUAUUAAAAACUAAAUUAAAAGAAGAAACUAAACGUUUGGAUACUUUACAUGAUGAGAAAAGACAAUUAAUAUUGAAUUUUGAUUUAACUGAACAACUAGAUAAUCAGUUACAGAAAUAUGAUCUUACUGAAAGCAACUAUAAAGAAAGAGAACAAUGUUUACUAAACAAGAUGACCAAUAUUUCUGAAGAAUUAACUAGGAUCAAAAAAAUGAAUGAUCAGUUGAAUUCAGCAUUGGAGACUAGUAAACAAGAGAUAUUUGAGUUAGAGACCAUCAAAGAUUCACAAAAUGAAAUACAUCGGCAAUUGGAAAUUAAACUUCAAGAAAUGGAAAAAGAACUCAAUGCUCAACAGUAUAAUAAAGAGUUGACAUUAGAGAAAGAAUUCAAAUUAUCAUUGGAGAAAAAAGAACUGGAAUUGCAACAAAUUAAAAGUCAAACAAAUCGAAAAAUUGAACAACUGACAUCAGAACUUAAACAAAAAGAAAGAGAAAACAUUGUUUUACAAGAAGAACAUCGUCGUAUUAUGGAAACGAUGAAAGAGGAAAUUAACCAAUUGACUAAUAGCGUGAACAAUUCGGAUUCCGUUCGAGGAGAACUUGAAAAUCAAAUCCAAAAAUAUCAACAAGAAGUUAAACAACUUUACGCUACAGUUGAAAAAGAAUGUUGGGAGAGAGAUGAAUUAAACUCUGUAUUGGCUGAAACAAGGGAUCAGUUAAUGAAACUAAGUAAUUCCUCAAAGGAAUCUGAAUCAGAUCAGAGACAAUCUAAUUUGCAUGAAAACCAAGAAGAUAGCCAUUUAUUACCACCAAUAUCUUCAUCGUCGGUAAAGUCUGAACAGUUUACCAAACGUACUCUUCCAAAAAGUUCGAAGACUUCUAAUUCUAAUAAUGGUAUGGCAAGGCGUUCUUUCCAAAACUUUAAGAAUAUAAAAGAUACUUCUGGAUUGGCUGCUACACGAAGACAAAUUGCUGCCAUUAUCUCCGCAACAAAGUUCCGAAGUCAAUGA